ACUCAUCCUAACAACUGGAUCUUGACGUCAGCCAUUGGUCAUCUCCCUGUCAUACUCUUAUCUGUUCCGUCUGCAGCUGUCUUCCCUCUCUCCUAGCUUCUGCUCUUAUCUUUGACCAUCCUUCACCCGUAGCUAUUGUUAGAAAUCUAAGGCCAUCCCUGAAUUUGCCGCAACCUUGGGUCAAAAUUAAACCCCCACUUGAGGAAUGGAAGUCGCUUCCUUAAUUGUAUCCCCUCUUCUACAGGUGAUCUAUGAGAAUUUGGCUUCUUAUCUCAGCACUGUGGAAACUUCCAAAGAUAAAAAGAAGAAUAUCAAGAAGUUACAAGAAAAGCUGCUAAUCAUUCAAGCUGUAAUCGAAGAUGCAGAGGAGAGACAACUGAAGGAUAAGAAGGUGAAGAUUUGGCUAUCAAAGCUUAGGGAUGUGGCUUACGAUGCGGAUGAUCUCCUGGAUGAAAUCACCACUCAAGUUUUGCGGAGACAGUUGGUAAAGGGAAAAGGAAAGAUGGUCAUGGACAAUCCAGUAAAAAACAAGUUUAGAAGAAUUGGGGCAUCGAUAUAUGAAGAAACUCGAAAGCAGGUUCGGGACACUUCUUUCACUCUUAAGUCAAUCUUAAGUAGCUUUGAAAUAUCACGUAGGCUGACAAAGAUUGUUGAAAGAUUGGACGAAAUAGCAAGAGAGAUGUCUGACUUCCAAUUCAAGGAAGUUGUAGCUUAUAAAAGAUCAGAUACUAUGGAGAAGCGGGAAACUGGAUCGUACUCGGAGCUGGAGGAAUCAGAAAUUUUUGGUCGAACAGAAGACGUGAAGAAGAUUGUUGAUUUGCUGUUAUCAUCCGAUGCUGAUAGUUGGGUGAUUCCAAUAGUCGGGAUUGGGGGAAUUGGGAAGACGACACUUGCUCGAUUGGUUUACAAUGAUCAGAAUCUGGAUGGGCACCUUGACAAGAAAAUUUGGGUUUCUUUGUAUAAAAAUUUCAGCACAAAGAAGCUUCUAAGUGAAAUUUUGGAGUGUGUGACUGAGCAGAGGUGUGAAUCCUCCGUGAUGAGUGUUCUGCAAUCCCAACUCCGAGACUCAUUAUAUGGAAAGAGAUAUCUACUUGUGAUGGAUGACGUGUGGAGUGAUGUCCAAGAAGAGUGGGAUAAAGUACGGAACCUGUUAAGAUGUGGAGCUGAAGGAAGCAAAAUUAUAGUCACCACCAGGAGUGAAGAAGUUGCUUCUGCAAUGAGUAGUAUUCUUCCCCACCAUUUGGAAGCCCUAACCAAAGAUGAUUGUUGGACCCUGUUCAAGCAGCAUGCCUUUGCAUAUGGGGAAGAAGAUUCCUAUUCAAAUCUAUUGCCUAUCGGUCAGCAGAUUGUAGAGAAGUGCCAAGGUUUGCCUUUAGCAGCUAAAGUUCUUGGUCGCAUGUUACGAUCCAAAAGAGAGGAAGCUGAAUGGUCGCGUGUGCAAAAAAGUGAUCUAUGGAACCUCGAUGCAGGUGAGAAAAGAAUAUUAUCUGUCCUGAGGUUGAGUUUCAAUCAUUUGCCAUCACAUUUAAAGCGAUGCUUUGCAUACUGUGCCAUAUUUCCUAGAAAUUAUCAUUUGAAUAAGGAAAAGUUAAUCCAACAGUGGAUUGCGGGAGGCUUUGUUCAAUUAUCUGCAGGUGAUCAUCCUAACAUGCUUGAGGACAUUGGCAAUGAGUGCUUCGAUGAUUUACUGAAGAUGCAAUUUUUCCAACUUGCAAGCAGUACCAAUGUGGUAGAAUUUAAAGUGCCUAAUCUGAUGUAUGAUCUUGCCAAAUCUGUUGCUGGAAAUGAGUUCUUGACAAUAGAAAACAGUGAUCAAGCACAAGGAGUUGGUGGUGGCAAUUUUGCAGAAACUCGACAUGCAUUGGUUGAUAGUGAUUACAGGUCCAAUAUGCUACCAGAAGUCUUGCACAACGCACAUAAAUUGUGUACCCUCAGCCUGUUGGCUUCUGGAGAAAUAUCAAUGGAAUCCCUAAGAAACCUAUAUUCGCAUUUUAGGCACCUUAAAAUUCUGAAUUUGAAUGGAAGUGGCAUAAAAAAGAUGCAUAGAUCCAUUGGUGAUUUGAUAUAUUUGAGAUAUCUUGACCUCUCAAACACUCCUCUUGAAACAUUACCAGAGACAAUUGGUCAUCUGUGCAAUUUGCGAACACUUGAUCUCUCAGGAUGCACUGAUCUGCUAGAGUUACCUAAAGAGAUAAUAAAGUUAGUAAAGCUGAUACAUUUAAACAUAAAGGGUUGUGUAAGGCUUGCUCGCUUGCCUGUUUUUCCUAGUGGUUGUAUACAGAGGCUUCAGACUUUACCCAUAGUUAUUGCUGGCAGGCCUUUAUUCAUGUUCAAUGACCUACAAAAUCUUCGAGGUGAGUUGAAAAUUAAACACCUUGAGAAUGCUAGAUCCAGGUACGAUCGGGAUGUGCUUCCGAGGGAUGUGCAACUUCACACAUUGGGACUAUUUUGGGGUGAUGGUGAUGAUGUUAAGUUAAAUCGUAACAUAUCAAGACAAACCAGAGAAAGCCAAGCUGAAUCUGAACGCUGGAUGAAUUUGUUUGAGCCAAACCACCAUAUAAGAAAGUUGUCAAUAAAUGGGUAUCCGGGACUGCAAUUCCCACACUGGAUGAAUACCUAUGCUAUCAGCAACUUGACAGAGCUCGAGUUAACCAAUUGCAGAAGUUGUGAAACUCUCCCCCAUCUUGGCCAACUUCCAAACCUUAAGUGUCUCAAUAUCCAAGGGAUGGACAACGUGGUGAAAAUCAAUGAUGAGUUCUCUGGUGGAGGAAUGAGGCCAUUUCCAUCAUUGAAUGAACUAACCCUCCGAGACUUUCCUGAACUUAGAACUUGGGAAAGCAUGGGUUCAACAGAAGUUUUCCCUUGCCUCAAACGACUAUCCAUCAUGAAAUGUCCAUUAUUAAAAACAAUGCCAUGGUUUCCAACUCUUCAACACUUAGUGGUGCAAGACUGUGAUCCAUUGUUACUAAGAUCAGCAACAGAGCUGAGAACACUUUUGACACUUGUUAUUGACUCUUUUCGAGGGAUCGGUUUCUUCAUACCAAAAGUACUGCUGGGAAACUGUUGCUUUCUUAUUUCUUUGACAGUUACCUCUUGUCCCAGCCUUGAAACAUUGCCAGCUAAUUUUGGGAAAAUCACAGGUCUGAAGUCAUUGAAAAUUGCUUUUUGCGAGAUGCUAGAAAGUUUGCCUGAUGGAUUCGCAAAUCUCAUCUCUCUAGAGACACUGGAUAUUAUCGAGUGUCCUAGAUUAAGUACUCUGCCAGAGAAAAGCUUAGAAAGAUUGAGCUCACUCCGAUCACUCUCUAUUGAAAAUUGUGCGGGCUUGACUUCUUUGCCAACAGGAAUGCAACAUGCCACGGCCCUUGAGUGCCUAACAAUUAUGUUUUGUUCGAAUCUGGCUUCUCUACCAGAUGGUCUACAAAAUCUCUUGGCACUUAAGAGCUUGACCAUUUUAAGUUGCCAACAAUUAGCAUCUCUGCCAGAAGGAGUUGAACAUAUGAAGAUGCUACAAAAUCUGGAAAUUCGUAUCUGUCCAAAACUCAUGGCACUGCCAAAGGUAAACAACCUCGUUUCACUAAGAUCUUUGACAAUUUCAGAUUGUCAAAAUAUAAAGUCUCUUCCAGAAGGCAUCCAGCAACUCAAAGAUCUUCAACACCUUUCCAUUAAAGAUUGUCCUGAACUUGAAAAACGAUGCAAGGAAGGGGAAGGAGAGGAUUGGCAGAAGAUAUCUCACAUCCCAUAUGGUUAUGUGGGAACAUCAAUACCUCAAAAAAGAAAGGACACUGGAGCCAGCUCCUCAAGUUCAUAGGUAACACCAGGGUGGCAAGAAGAUACAGUAGUAUCUAUUUGGCAUACCAUCCAUUUCCAUCUGAUCUGCUUCUGCGAUUUACUUGGACUCGAGCAUACAAAAAAGCAGGCUAAAUUUUAUGUUUUAUGGAUUUUGGUUCCGCCCGGCUUUGCUAGUUUGCUAGGCAUUCAUUGGUUUCACUGUUAUCUAAGUUGUGCAGGUUCUUAUUAGUUAUUUCAGCAUUUGUGGUAGUAGCCUGUGGGCGGAACAAUUUCACUUGUUUUGUAUAAGUAAUUUAUGGAAAUAAAGCUGUGAUAUGACUGUCGCCCGUUUUUUUUCAGUGUGACAAUGAAUUGUUGAUGUAAAACUUGUAUAAGUUCGUUUCUUCAUCCUGCUGCAAAUUUUAAGUAGUUUAACCUACCAUCCAAGGAUGGUUUAGCACGACGAAUAAUCAAUCACCAAAUCUGGUUUUGGCCCA